ACAGCGCUGCCCUCCAUCUUCAACAAGCUUUCUGCAUGUCUCUGAGGAGUCGCCAUGGUGAGUAGAAACCCCAAUUUUAACAAAUUUCAGCCGUCAAAGUUCAUUUUUUAUCGUGGACAUCUUCAGUGUUUCGGUUACUCGGUCGCUAAUAGCAACCAUCCUGGAGCCGCCCUCCAUUGCGCAGGUGCGGAGCUGCCGGACACGCUGCUCGGUCACAAGAUGGCGGAGUUGAGCUGCUUACCAACCGCUAGUACGGAAAGACACAAACCGUCUGGUAAAUCAUGGUGGAAGAACUGGAGGCUUAAAAACGGUUUCAGUUGUGUAUUUAGAAGUUUCGCAAUUCUGUCUUGUGUCGCUUUUAUUUUUGACAGUCCUUUAGCUGUUUGUAUAUAUUUAAUGUCAGUUAUCAAAUGUUUGGAUGGUUGGUAACCUGCCAAACGGGUGUACCUCCAGGCAACCUUCAAGGAACGUUACGAGAACAGUCUUGAAGGUUGCCUGGAUGUUGCCCUGCUUUCUGGGUCGUGUUUACAACAAGCUACGACUUUAUCGUAAUUUUCUAGAAAAACUAACGUCAUGAAACGUUCUUUUAAGGUUACUUGAAUGUUUCAAUGUUUCUGGAACUUUCUUGUAAAUUUCUGGAAACGCUAACUGUCUACGUACGUUCUUUUAAGGUUUUUUGAACGUUCCCCCAUUUUCUGAAUGUGUUUACAACUGAGUUUUCUUGAAAAUUUCUAGUUAAGCUAACUGUCAGGAUAUGUUAUCUUAAGGUUACUUAAAUGUUUUCUGGGCUGUGUUUACAACAAACUGAGACUUUCUUGUAAAUUUCUAGAAAACAUAAUAGUGUUAGUUCUUUUAGGGUUACUUGAACGUCUCUGUUUUCCGGGCUGUUUACAACAACCUGUGACUUUAUUGUGAAUUUCUAGACAAGCUAAUUGCCAGGAAACGUUCCCAAAAGGUUCACUGAAGGUUUAAUAUGAACCUUAAGUGGUACCUGAUAAGAAAUUCAUAUAUUUUGUACCACAUUUUAGUGCGUUAGUGUAACAUGUAAUAUGCCGCUUAACAAUGUUCUUGUCAUGUUUACGUGCCAAAUAUGCAGCAAGGGUCUUUGCUCCAGCUCGAACCGGACAAGCAGGGAUUACGUGAUUUGCCCGGGCCUUCAGGACACCCUAAUACGAGGCUUUUCGUGGUUGUAUAAUAAUAUUUUAUUAACCCCAAUCAUUAUUUCCCCCCUCUUAACGCCCAAAGCGAAGGGCAAGACCGCGAUGAUAGCCCCGCUGAGAGUGAAAAAUCACUGGCUCUCGGGACUAGUUGGACCUGCAAUGGUAUUAUGCAGAUUCCAGGGCCAGAGAGGGAUUUAUCCGGAGGGCCGAGGCUGGGCUCAGGGUUGGGGGAGCGGCUGUCCCGGCCUUUGUGCACGCCCCUUUUCAUCAACUAGCGGGCCAAGAAAGACAGAGGAAAGCAACAGCAUCCCAGCCCCAGUCCUUACAGCUCCUCCAUCUGCACAAGCGGAGCUGGACGGACCAGCCAGAAUGUGGAGAGCACUGCUGCUAAAACUCUUCCUCGUCUCCAUAUGCUGUGUUAGAUGGUGCCACUCAGAAGGAUGUGAAUUGUGGCAGUUCCGCUGUGGGACAGGCAGAUGUAUCCCAGGUGACUGGCACUGUGACGGGACAUCAGACUGUGUGGAUGACUCUGAUGAACGUGACUGCCCUCAGGUAACAUGUGAUGACAGUCAUUUCCAGUGUCUGAGUGACGGUGAGUGUAUCCCAGAUAUAUGGGUCUGUGAUGAUGAGGAAGACUGUGAGGAUGGCUCAGAUGAGAGGCAACACUGCCCUGGAAGGACGUGCACCAGUGGGCAGUUCAGCUGCAGCAACGGGGUGUGCAUCCCAGGAGAAUACCGAUGUGACCGUCUGACAGACUGUUCGGAUGGUUCUGAUGAGAGAAACUGCCAUUACCCCGAAUGUACACAGCUGAGGUGUGCUAAUGGGGCCUGCUACAACCGGACCCAGCGAUGUGACCACAUACUUGACUGCCGUGAUGGCUCUGAUGAGGCAAAUUGCACACAGCACUGCAAUACAGGCCUGUUUCCAUGUCAUAAUGGAAUAUGUGUUCCUCAGCGUUACGUCUGUGAUCAUGACGAUGACUGUGGAGAUCGAAGCGAUGAGCUAAACUGCACAUAUCCUACGUGUAGAGGGAACUACUUCACCUGCCCCAGUGGCCGCUGUAUCCACCAAGUCUGGGUUUGUGACGGAGAGGACGAUUGCGAGGACAAUGCAGAUGAAAAAGGCUGUGAUAACGUUCCAAGGGAGUGUUACCCAGGGGAAUGGCCAUGUCCGUCUUCUGGCCUGUGUAUCCCAAUGGAUAAGCUGUGUGAUGGGACGCCUCAUUGUCCAGAGGGAGAGGAUGAAACCAACACCACUGCUGGGCACAAUUGCAGUAUCUGGAGAUGUGCCUCUCUGAGCUGUGAACAUCACUGCCAUGCUUCCCCUGAUGGAGGAACAUGUUCCUGUCCUUCUGGAUACAUUGUUAGCAGCAACAAUAGUCGCUCAUGUAUAGAUUUUGAUGACUGUUCCAUGUGGGGCGUGUGCGACCAGCUGUGCGAGGACCGGAUAGGCUCCCAUCGCUGCAGCUGUCGAGAGGGUUACAUCCUGGAGCAGCACAGAUACUGUAGAGCUGACACCUCAACUGGAGUCCCUUUCUUGAUAUUCUCUAACGGCAGAGACCUGCUCAUAGGCGACAUCCAUGGCAACAGCCUGCGCACUUUGGUUAGUUCACAAAACAGAGGGGUGGCAGUGGGAGUGGACUUCCACUAUAACCUCAAUAUGAUCUUCUGGACUGAUACCAUCCAAAACAAGGUGUUUUCUGUGGAUAUGAAUGGUUCCAACAUGCAGGUGGUUUUAAAUGUAUCAGUUGACUACCCUGAGAAUUUGGCGGUGGACUGGGUGAACAAUAAACUGUAUGUAGUGGAGGCCAGCGUCAACAGGAUUGACAUGGUGGACUUUGAUGGAAGUAACCGGGUCACACUCAUCACCGAAAACCUCGGAAACCCUAGAGGACUGGCGGUGGACCCCACUGUCGGGUAUAUGUUCUUCUCAGAUUGGGAGGCACUGAAUGGACAACCAGGCCUGGAGCGGGCCUUCAUGGAUGGUACCAACCGCUAUGGGAUCAUUGGGACUAAACUGGGCUGGCCCGCUGGUAUCACGCUGGAUAUCGAUGCCAAGCGCAUCUACUGGGUUGACAGUCGAUAUGACUACAUUGAAACUGCAACAUAUGAUGGUCUGCACAGAAAAACAGUGGUCCAUGGAGGUGCUGUUGUCCCACACCCAUUUGGCAUCAGUCUGUUUGAGCACAAUGUCUAUUUCACGGACUGGACCAAGAUGGCUGUGAUGAAAGCCAACAAGUUCACUGACAGCAGUCCUCAGGUGGUUUACAGUACAUCUCAGACUCCACAUGGAGUAGCAGUGAUACACCAGCUGAAACAGCCACACGUGUCAAACCCAUGCAGAGUAGACAGAGGUGGAUGUGAGCAGAUCUGUGUUCUGAGCCACAGGAGUGACAAUGGAGGACUGGGUUACCGCUGCAAAUGUCGCAUGGGCUAUGACCUACAUGCUGAUGGAAAGCGAUGUUUGGCUGUGAGGCAGUUUCUGCUGUUCUCCAGCCAGCUGGCUGUGAGAGGGAUCCCCUUUAACCUCUCUUCUCAGGAGGACAUCAUCCUGCCUGUCACUGGUUCACCCUCUUACUUUGUUGGAGUGGACUUUAGUGCUGAGGAUGAUGCUAUCUUCUUCUCAGACACAGCCAAAAAUAUUAUUUAUAAACAGAAAGUAGAUGGGACAGGCAGGGAGGUGCUGGCAGCCAAUAGAGUGGACGGAGUGGAGGACCUGGCUUACGACUGGAUUUCAAAAAACCUCUACUGGACUGACCCACGAUACAGAAGUAUAUCUGUCAUGAAGUUAGCUGAUAAGUCCAGGAGGGCCAUCAUACGUAACCUCAACAAUCCAAGGGCUAUUGUGGUGCAUCCUUUAAUUGGGUAUAUUUUUUGGACUGACUGGUACCGGCCAGCAAAGAUUAUGAGGGCCUGGGGUGACGGGUCACAUGCCCUCUCUAUUGUAAACACAACUCUUGGCUGGCCAAAUGGUCUUGCUAUUGACUGGAGCUCAAUGCGUCUAUAUUGGGUAGAUGCUUUCUUUGACAAAAUUGAACACAGCAGUUUUGAUGGACAGAACAGGCUUUCUUUGGACCGCAUAACCCAGAUCUCCCAUCCAUUUGGCCUUACCAUAUUUGAAGGGUAUGCAUAUUUCACUGACUGGCGCCUGGGUGGCAUUGUACGUGUGCGCAAGACAGAUGGAGGGGAGAUGGUCAUUAUCAGAAGAGGAAUCAGCCACAUCAUGCAUGUUAAAUCUUUCAACUCCAACUAUCAGAUUGGUUCCAACCUUUGCAACAGGCAGACAAAUCCUAAUGGAGACUGCAGCCACUUCUGCUUCCCAGCCCCAGACUCACAGAGGGUGUGCGGCUGCCCGUAUGGCAUGAAGCUGUCAUCCAACCAGCAGACGUGUGUGGAAGACCCUUCCAAUGAGCCCCCCACAUUGCAGUGUGGAGCCAACUCCUUCUCCUGUGGCAACGGCAAAUGUGUCCCAAACAGCUACAGAUGCGAUGGUGUUGAUCACUGCCAUGACAACAGUGACGAAGUCAACUGUGGAAUUAACAACACCACUUGUUCCCCUUCGGCAUUCACCUGUGCCAAUCAGCGCUGUGUGCCUGCAGGUUGGCGCUGUGAUGGGCACAAUGACUGUUUUGAUAACAGCGAUGAGAUCAACUGCCCCACACAUGUACCUGGAACAUGCCCUGCAAAUCAGUUUACCUGUGCCAACCACCGCUGCAUCCCACAUACCUGGCGUUGUGAUACUGACAAUGACUGUGGGGACAGUUCAGAUGAAGCUGACUGCUAUUUGGGAAGUACAUGCCAUCCGGGACAGUUUCAGUGUCCAGACCACCGCUGUAUCGACCCCAACUAUGUUUGUGAUGGUGAUAGGGACUGUGUGGAUGGGGCGGAUGAACAGGGAUGCAUCUACAACUGCACUGUGAAUGAGUUCAAGUGCUCCAGUGGUCACCAGUGUAUCAACUCCUACUACCGAUGUGAUGGAGUCUUUGAUUGCAGCGAUCGCUCAGAUGAGCAAAACUGUCCUACCAGACCUCCAGGGAUGUGCCACCAUGAGAGUGAGUUUCAGUGCCAGUCAGAUGGGAGCUGCGUCCCAUCUACCUGGGAGUGUGAUGGUCAUCCAGACUGCGAGGAUGGCAGCGAUGAACACCAUGCUUGCCCACCUCGCACAUGCCCCUCCUCACUCUUCCGCUGUGAUAAUGGAAAUUGCGUGUUGCGCAGCUGGAUUUGUGAUGGGGACAAUGACUGCAGGGACAUGAGUGAUGAAAGAGACUGUCCCACACCGCCCUUCCGAUGUCCGAGUUGGCAGUGGCAGUGCCCUGGCCACAGUGUUUGCAUCAACUUCACUACAGUGUGUGACAACACUCCUGACUGCCCCAACGGUGCUGACGAGUCUCCACUCUGCAAUGAGCCUUUACCAGAUCAAGAGAGUUGCUCUGACAACAAUGCUGGCUGCACCCAUGGUUGUAUCCAAGGGCCAUUUGGGGCCCAGUGCACAUGUCCUGUGGGCUAUCAACUAAGCAAUGACUCUAAAACCUGUGAAGAUAUGGAUGAGUGUAAUCCUCCUGGACUGUGUAGCCAGCACUGCUUUAAUGAGAGAGGGUCUUUCCGCUGCCACUGCCAAGAGGGUUACACUCUUGAAGCAGACCAGCGUACCUGCAAGGCCUCAGAUUCUCGUCAGGCGUUCCUGCUAGUGGCCAGUCGAAAUCAGAUUGUGCAAGAUGACAUAACCACUCAGCCCAAUGUGGUCCGGUCACUGGUUCGAGAUGGACGCAACAUUGUGGCCCUAGAUUUUGACUCUGUAACAGAUCGGGUGUAUUGGUCCGAUACAAGCCAGGAUAGAAUCUGGAGUUGUCACAAGAAUGGCAGUGAUAGAACUGUGAUAUUCAACAGUGGGGUGACUGUCACAGAGAGUCUUGCUGUGGAUUGGGUGGGCAGGAACUUGUAUUGGACGGACUAUGUCCUAGAGACGAUUGAAGUAUCUAAACUGGACGGCACCCACCGGACUGUAUUAGUCAGUGAAAAUGUCACCAACCCUCGAGGCCUGGUGUUGGACCCAAGAGACAGUGCUCACCUGAUGUUCUGGACUGACUGGGGAAGGAACCCACGCAUUGAGAGGGCCAGCAUGGAUGGGAAACUGAGGACUGUUAUCAUAAGCAGCAAACUGUACUGGCCCAAUGGACUAACCAUAGACUAUCCAAACAAUUUGUUGUACUUUGCUGAUGCCUACUUGGAUUUCAUUGACUACUGUGAUUAUAAUGGCAACAACAGGAAACAGGUUUUGGCCAGUGACCUGGUACUGCAACAUCCCCACGCAAUUACCAUUUUUGAGGAUUUUGUCUAUUGGACCGACAGAUACAUCAACCGUGUGAUGCGAGCUCAUAAGUGGCAUGGGGAGAACCAGACAGUGAUGCUGUUCAACCUCCCUCAGCCCAUGGGUCUGGUGACAGUACACCCAGCCAGGCAGCCAGCAGGGGAAAAUCACUGCUUGAGGAGUCCCUGCACUCAUAUUUGCCUACUUUCUGCUGUGGGACCAAGGUACUACUCAUGUGCCUGCCCCUCAGGCUGGACACUGGCAGCAGACCAAAUCACCUGCACUAGAGUUGAGGAUCCUUUCCUGGUGGUUGUAAGAGACAGCAUCAUCUAUGGCAUUUCUUUGAACCCAGAAGACAAGAGUAACGAUGCUAUGGUUCCUGUUGCUGGUCUUCAAAAUGGCUAUGACGUUGACUUUGAUGAUAAUGAGCAGACCAUCUACUGGGUCGAGCACCCUGGUGAGAUCCACAGGGUGAAGUCAGAUGGCACUAACAGGACAGAGUUUGCCUCUGCAGCCAUUCUUGGCUCCCCUGUAGGCCUGGCCUUGGACUGGAUAACAGAGAACCUGUACUACACCAAUCCAGCUACACAGUCUAUUGAGGUUUUAAAAUUGAGAGGGGAGAUACAGUACCGGAAAACUCUAAUCACAAAUAAUGGCUCUCCAACUGGCGCUGGCAGUCCUGUUGGCAUUGCAGUGGACCCAGCACGUGGCAAACUGUACUGGACAGACCAGGGAACAGAAAGUGGCAUCCCUGCCAAGGUGGCAUCUGCAGAUAUGGAUGGCUUAAACCCAGUCACCCUGUUCACCAACAACCUCGAUCACAUCGAGUUCCUCACAGUGGACAUCCAAGAAAACAAGCUCUACUGGGCUGUUACAAGCACUGGCAUGAUUGAACGUGGUGAUCCAGAUGGAACUAAUCGCAUCACCAUAGUGACAGGCCUGUCUCACCCCUGGGGUGUGGCUGUCUAUCAGAACUACCUCUACUUCACUGACCGUGACUUUGAGGUCAUAGAGCGAGUAGACAAGUCCACAGGUGCCAACAAGAUUGUAUUGCGUGACAACAUAUCUGGACUCAGAGUUCUGAAAGUUCAUUUUCGAGAGACAUCUGCAGGGACAUCCAAUGGCUGCAGCAACAAUAUGGGAGUGUGUGAGCAGCUCUGUCUGCCUCGACCGCAGGGUUUGUUCACCUGUGCAUGUGCCACGGGUUUCAAACUUAAUGCUGACAACAAGACCUGUGCUCCCUAUCAAUCCUAUGUGGUCAUCUCCACUCUAUCUGCUAUUAAAGGCUUCAGUCUGGAAGGCUCCGACCAUUCUGAAGCCAUGGUGCCUGUGGCUGGGAGAGGUCGUAAUGCUUUACACAUUGAUGUGCACAUGGCUUCUGGUUUCAUCUACUGGUGUGACUUCAGCAGCACUGUGGCGGUGCAGAACGGGGUCAGACGGAUCAAGCCAGAUGGCUCAGGAUUACGUAGCAUAGUAACAUCUGGAAUAGGACGCAACGGAAUACGAGGCAUAGCUGUUGACUGGGCUGCAGGGAAUUUGUAUUUCACCAACGCCUUCCUGACUGAGACAUAUGUUGAGGUACUUCGCCUGAACACAACUUUCCGCAGGGUGCUGCUGAAGACCCAGGUGGACAUGCCACGCCAUAUUGUCGUAGACCCCAGAAACCGAUACUUGUUCUGGGCAGAUUAUGGUCAGCUCCCCAAAAUUGAGCGAGCACUCUUGGAUGGAACCAACCGCACAGUUUUAGUGUCUUCAGGGAUCAUCACCCCUCGAGGCCUUGCUCUGGACUGGCAAACUGGCUACGUCUACUGGGUGGAUGACUCACUGGAUAUGAUUGCUCGAAUCAACCCUCAAGGAGGGGAGACGGAGAUAGUGAGAUAUGGCAGCCGCUACCCAACUCCUUAUGGGAUCACAGUGUUUGAGAGCAGCAUCAUUUGGGUGGACAGAAACCUCAAGAAGGUGUUCCAAGCAAGCAAAGAGCCAGGCAGCACAGAGCAACCUGCCGUCAUUAGAGACAAUAUCAAUAUGCUGAGGGACGUUACUAUCUUUGACCAGCGUUCCCAGCCUACCAGUGUCCAAGAGCUUAACUACAACCCCUGCAUGGAAGCAAAUGGAGGCUGUGCCCACUUUUGUUUUGCCCUCCCAGGUUCCAUCACAGGCACCCAGGAUAAAAAAUGCAGCUGUGCUUUUGGGAAUCUCGCAGCAGAUAAAGAGAGCUGUGUGGUGUCAAGGGAUGAUUACCUUAUCUACACUACUGAGAGCACAGUACGCAGCUUGCGACUUGAUCCUGAGGACCAUGCACUGCCCUUCCCUGUUGUCAAUGUGCCUCGUACAUCAGUAGCACUGGAUUUUGACCUCACAGACAGGAGGAUCUACUUCACACAGAGCUCAGGUGCAGGAGCAAGCAAGAUCAGCUACAUCAGCCUGUCAUCUCCCACCUCACCUCCUAUAGUGGUGGCUUCAGAUCUUGGUGCUCCUGAUGGCAUUGCUUAUGACUGGAUAAACAGAAGAAUUUACUACAGCGACUAUGUCAACCAGAGCAUCAGCUCUAUGUCAGUGGAUGGCUCUCAGAGAACAAUUAUUGCUCAUGUGUCCAGGCCAAGGGCCAUCAUGUUGGAUCCCUGCAGGGGAUACAUGUAUUGGACAGACUGGGGAACUCAUGCAAAGAUUGAGCGUGCCACCUUAGGUGGAAACUUCAGGACAGAGAUUGUGAACAGCAGUCUGGUGUGGCCCAAUGGCCUCACCCUGGACUAUGAGGAAGAGAGGCUCUACUGGGCAGAUGCAAGCUUACAGAAGAUUGAGCGAUCCUCUCUCAUGGGGUCCAACCGUGAGGUCAUUAUUAGCACAGCCAUCUACCCCUUUGCCAUGACCAUGUUUGGUCAAUUCAUCUACUGGACUGACUGGAACACACGCAGCAUCUAUCGGGCUAAUAAGCAUGAUGGUUCUGACCAGACAGUGAUGAUUCAGAACCUUCCAUCUCGACCAAUGGACAUCCAUGUUUUGGCCACCAGGAAGCAGCAGCAGUGUGACAGUCCCUGCCAGCAGUUUAAUGGAGGCUGCAGCCACAUCUGCACACCAGGACCUAAUGGAGCUGAGUGCCAGUGUCCAUCAGAAGGCCGCUGGUAUCUGGCUGACAACAAGCACUGUAUCCCUGAUAAUGGGACUCGCUGCCAGCCAGGCCAGUUCACCUGUAUGAAUGGACGCUGUAUUCGAGCCCAGUGGAAAUGUGACAAUGACAACGACUGUGGAGAUGGCAGCGACGAAUUGGAGAGAGUCUGUGGACGUAAACCAAUCUUCAGCUAUGCUGUUCCGCAAUUGCUGUCAUCUUUUAUUGCCUUGUCAGCCUUCCACACUUGUGAGCCCACAGUGUUUACUUGUGGUAAUGGGAAAUGUGUGCCCUACCACUACCGCUGUGACCAUUAUGAUGACUGUGGAGACAACAGUGACGAAGUGGGCUGCCUCUUCAGACCUUGUGACCUCAACACAGAGUUCACCUGUAACAAUGGGCGCUGCAUUGCAAAGGACUAUGUUUGCAAUGGCAUCAACAACUGCUAUGACAAUGGCACCUCUGAUGAACAAAACUGCCCGGAGAGAACCUGCCAGCCAGAACACACAAAAUGUCAGUCUACCAACAUUUGCAUCCCUCGUUCAUACCUGUGUGAUGGAGACAACGACUGUGGGGAUAUGAGUGAUGAGAGCCCUACACACUGUGCUACAUCCACGUGUUCCCAGAGUGAGUUCCGUUGCUCCACCGGCCGCUGCAUCCCCGCCCACUGGUACUGUGAUGGAGGGGCUGACUGCGCUGACGGCUCUGAUGAACCCCUCUCCUGCACCACACUGGUCAGAACCUGCAACACAGAUCAGUUCCACUGUGAUGAUGGCAGGUGCAUUGCCUCAUCCUGGAUCUGUGAUGGUGACAAUGACUGUGGUGACAUGAGUGAUGAAGACCAGAGGCAUAAUUGUGCCAAUCGCACAUGCUCAAGUGCAGAGUUCACAUGUGUGAACAACCAGCCACCUCAGCGAAAAUGUAUUCCACGUGACUGGGUGUGUGACGGAGAUGCAGACUGUGCAGAUGCAUUAGAUGAGCGCCAAAACUGCACCCACAGAUCCUGCGGCAUCAAUGAGUUCACCUGUAGUAAUGGCCUUUGCAUACGCAGUACCUACAGGUGUGACCGUCGCAAUGACUGUGGAGACAGUAGUGAUGAGCAGGGCUGUACUUACCAACCCUGCCAACAGCACCAGUUCACCUGCCAGAACGGCCGCUGUGUGUCUCAUGACUUUGUCUGCGAUGGCGACAAUGACUGUGGGGAUGAGUCUGAUGAGCUGGAGCACAUGUGCCACACACCAGUGCCGACCUGCCCUCCUGGAGAGUUCAGAUGUGACAAUGGACACUGUAUCCCUCUGAGCCAGGUGUGCGACAGGAGUGAUGACUGCUCUGACAAUAGCGACGAGAAAGGAUGUGGUAUCAAUGAGUGCACAGACCCAUCCAUUCAUCACUGCGAUCACAACUGCACUGACACACCCACCAGCUUCAUCUGCACCUGUCGUCCCGGCUACCGCCUCAUGUCUGAUGGCAAAACAUGUGAUGAUAUCAACGAGUGUGCAGAGUCACCCAGUGUGUGCAGUCAGGUCUGUGAAAAUACUGUUGGUUCCUACGUGUGCAAGUGUGCGCCAGGAUUUCUCAGAGAGCCGGAUGGUCGCAGUUGCCGUCAGAACAGCAACAUCUCACCCUACCUCAUCUUCAGCAACCGCUAUUACCUGAGGAACCUGUCGACAGAUGGGCAGGCCUACUCUCUUAUUCUGCAGGGCCUCACCAGUGUGGUCGCCAUGGACUUUGAUCGUGUUGAUAAACGUCUCUAUUGGAUUGAUGUGAGUCGCAGAGUGAUAGAAAGGAUGUUCUUCAAUGGCAGUAACAGAGAGGUGGUGGUCAAUGGAGUUCUCCAUGGGGAGGGUCUUGCAGUUGACUGGAUAGCCAGGAAACUCUACUGGGUGGACAGCUUCUUGGAUUGUCUCAAAGUGUCUGAACUGGAUGGCCGCUUUGUCAAGAAACUGACUGAACACUGCGUCGAUGCCAAUAACACCUACUGCUUUGAAAACCCCAGAGCCAUUGUGUUGCACCCCAAAUAUGGAUAUGUGUACUGGACAGACUGGGGGGACAAAGCCUUUAUAGGUCGUGUUGGAAUGGAUGGAACCAACAAAGCAGCAAUCAUCACCACAAAGAUCGAAUGGCCCAACGGUAUCACAAUUGACUAUACCAAUGACAAGCUCUACUGGUCCGAUGCUCAUCUCAAUUACAUCGAAUACUCUGACUUGGAUGGUCAGCACAGACACACAGUGUAUGAUGGAGAUUUACCACAUCCGUUUGCACUUACUGUAUUUGAGGACACUGUAUAUUGGACUGACUGGAACAUGCGCACUGUGGAGAAAGGCAACAAAUACGACGGUUCUGGUCGUCAAGCCCUGGUUAACACCACACACAGACCGUUUGACAUCCACGUGUGCCAUCCUUACAGACAGCCCAUUGUAAACAAUCCCUGUGCGGUGAACAAUGGAGGCUGCUCUCACCUGUGCUUGAUCCGUCAUGGGGGGCGAGAACACACCUGCGAGUGCCCCGACCAUUUCCUGACAGUCCAAAUAGGAGGUGUUACCCGAUGCCUUCCCAUGUGCACCAGCACCCAGUACAGAUGUGCUAACAAUGAACGUUGUAUUCCCAUCUGGUGGAAAUGUGACGGACAGAGGGACUGCAGAGACGGCUCAGACGAGCCCUCCACCUGCCCAACUCGUCACUGCAGGCUCGGACAGUUUCAGUGCAAUGAUGGAAACUGUACCAAUCCACACUUCCUGUGUAACAGCAACCAGGACUGUCACGAUGGCUCAGAUGAAGAUGCUGUGCUCUGUGCCACACAUCAGUGUGAAAGCCACCAAUGGCAGUGUGCAAAUAAGCGGUGCAUCCCUGAGUCAUGGCAGUGCGACGGUGAGGAUGACUGUGGUGAUCAGUCUGAUGAAGACCCUGCCCACUGCUCCACCAGGACCUGUCGCCCUGGACAAUUCAAGUGCCGCAAUGGACGCUGCAUCCCGCAAAGCUGGAAAUGUGAUAUUGACGAUGAUUGUGGUGACAAUUCUGAUGAACCUUUGGAGGAGUGCAUGGGACCAGCAUAUCGAUGUGACAACCAUACAGAGUUUGACUGCAAGACCAACUACCGCUGUGUGCCCCUGUGGUCUGUCUGCAAUGGCCACAAUGACUGCAGAGACAACAGCGAUGAGCAGGGCUGUGAUGAACUGACCUGUGAUCCUAGUGGAGACUUCCGCUGUGACAACCAUCGCUGCAUCCCGCUAAGAUGGAGGUGUGACGGGGAUGAUGACUGUGGGGACAACUCUGAUGAACGCAGCUGCACGCCACGCGCAUGCACAGAGAGUGAAUUUCGUUGUGAUAAUCUGCGCUGCAUUCCCGACCGUUGGGUCUGUGACCAUGACAACGACUGUGAGGACAACUCGGAUGAAAGGGACUGUGAGUUACGGACUUGUCAUCCUGGCUACUUCCAGUGCGGCAGUGGACACUGUAUCGCUGAACGCUUCAAAUGCGAUGGCAAUGCUGACUGUCUAGACUACACAGAUGAGACAUCAUGUCCAACCCGCUUUCCCAACGGCACGUACUGCCCCCCCUUCCUGUUUGAAUGCAAGAACCACGUUUGUGUCCAGCCUCACUGGAAAUGUGACGGAGACAAUGACUGCGGAGACAACUCAGAUGAGGAGCUUCACCUUUGCUUGGACAUCCAGUGUGAAGCUCCCUUCCGUUUCCGCUGUGACAACAACCGCUGCAUCUACAGCCAUGAACUGUGUAACUCUGUUGAUGACUGCGGUGAUGGCUCUGAUGAGAGGCAGGAAAACUGUCAAAACCCCACACAUGGACCCUGUACAAAUGAUGAGUACAAAUGCAGUAACGGAAAGUGCAUCCCUCUGCAGUACGCCUGUGAUAAUUAUGAUGACUGUGGAGACCAGUCAGACGAGCUCGGCUGCCACCAUGGCAGUGGGCACACAUGCAGUGCAAACAUCUGUGAGCACAACUGUACCGACCUGACAGAGGGAGGCUUCCUCUGCUCCUGCAGACCUGGUUACAAACCCAGAGAGACAGAAAGACACAUAUGUGAAGAUGUGAAUGAGUGCGAGGUGUAUGGGACAUGUCCUCAGGAUUGCAAGAACACAAAGGGCAGCUACGAGUGUUUCUGUGCUGACGGCUUUCUUUCUUUUGGUGAACCGCACGGGACUGAGUGUGCUGCUCAAGGAAACCCACCAGUGCUGCUCUUGCCAGACAACGUUCGCAUCCGUCGUUUCAACCUGUCCUCUGAGCAGUAUUCAGACUAUGUGGACAACGCUGAGCACAUCCAAGCUCUAGACUACCUGUGGGAUCCAGAGCAUGAAGGCCUCAGUAUCGUUUAUUGGACAGUUCUGGGUCGGGGAUCUCAGUUUGGUUCCAUCAAACGCGCCUAUAUGACCACAUUCAAUGAUUAUGGAAACAACCCGGUAAAAGAAGUGGACCUAAACCUGAGGUACAUCGCAAAUCCUGAUGGCAUCGCUGUGGACUGGGUCGGCAGGCACAUUUACUGGACAGAUUCGGGGACUAAUCGAAUUGAAGUGGCCAAACUGGAUGGACGGUACAGGAAGUGGUUGAUCCACACUGACCUCGACCAGCCUGCUGCCAUUGCUGUAAAUCCAUCACUGGGGAUGAUGUACUGGACAGACUGGGGCAGAAAACCCAGGAUAGAAUCAGCGUGGAUGGACGGUCAACACAGAGAGGUGCUGGUGAGGGAGGAGGACCUGGGUUGGCCUACUGGACUGGCUCUGGACUAUCUGAAUGGAAACAGAAUCUACUGGUGUGACUCCAAAGAAAAUAUCAUUGAGUCCAUGAAGCCCGAUGGCACAGACAGGAAGAUCGUCAUAUCAGGAGACAUUGGACAUCCCUACAGUUUGGACGUCUUUGAGGGACACGUGUACUGGUCCACAAAAGAGAAAGGUGAAGUGUGGAAGACAAACAAGUUUGGAGGAGGAAAUAAAGUCAAAGUUCUAACCAUCAACCCGUGGCUGACACAAGUCCGCAUUUACCAGGAGCACCGACACAACCAGUCAGUGCCAAACCCUUGUAAGAAUGUUUGCAGUCAUCUGUGUCUCCUCCGGCCUGGUGGGUACACCUGUGCCUGCCCACAAGGCUCCUCGCCGGUGCAGUUUGACUCCAACGAAUGUGAUGCAGCCAUCGAGGCUCCUGUUGCAAUGCCCCUUGCAUGUAGAUGCAUGAAUGGUGGAACCUGCUACACUGAUGAAGGGGGUCUGCCCAAGUGCAAAUGUCCAUAUGGCUACAUGGGCAGUUACUGUGAGAUGGGGAAGUCGAGGGGCGCCCCAGCAGGAACAGCUGUGGCUGUUCUUCUGGCCGUCAUUAUCAUCCUGAUUACUGGAGCUUUGGCAGUCGGGGUUUUCCUCAACUACAAACGAACAGGCUCUUUCAUCCCCUCCAUGCCCAAACUCCCCAGCCUCAGCAGCCUGGUGAAGUCCGCUGACACGGGGAAUGGGGUGACGUUUCGCUCCGGUGAUAAUGUGGAUCUCGGACCAUCACACAUUGGAGUGUCAUUCAUUGACACGACCAUGCAGAUGGAUGAUAAUUUUGCCAUGGAAGCUGGGAGGCAGCCGAUCACAUUUGAGAACCCGCUUUAUCCCACUGCUCCUGUGUCCGGUGAUCCUGCUGUCAUCCAUGCCACACAGGUGACUGUGAAUGUUAGCGGUGAGCAGCUGGAGAACAACUUCGUGAACCCGGCGUACCGCGGAGAUCAGAGCGUUGGCAUCGUCAACACAACUUCAGUCAGCACCAAACCUGUUCCUGAGUCAAAGUGGAGCUUAUUCAAACGAAAAUUAAAGCCAAGCACCACAUUUGAAAACCCUUCAUACUCAGAGAUGAAGGAUGAGAAGCCUGUAGGAAGCAGUGGGGACUCUCCUGCCCCUGAGCCGUCUCCAUUCGUCCCCCCCAAACCUCAGAAGAGGGAUCGUCCCUGCACCUUCUCACCGACCGAGGACAGCUUCAAGGACACAGCCAACCUUGUCAAAGAGGACAGCGACGUAUAACCCCUCUCUCACAGAUGGGAAUCGAAAAAGAAACACACUUUGCACAGAAUUUAUUUUUUUAUGCAGCCUGUGUACAAAACUCAAAUUGUUUUAGGACAGAGAAAUACAUUUCUAUAGAAUGAAGAAAAAAGUCUUGUGAGACUAUGCCUUCUGACAUUUCUUAUGCCAAUUCUUGUGUUGAUGUUUGUUUUUCUUUAUUCUGAUGUACAAUAUGUAUAUCUUUGCACUGAAGCUGCUGAUAGAAAUGUUAAUAAAUAUGUUGUAUAUUUGUAAAUUUGAACAGUAAGAUUUUGUCUGAAAUAGAUCCUAAAUAGUUCAACAUAAACACAAUAUAACACAUAUAAAAGGUGAGCUGCAUUCUGAAUGUACAGUACUGAUAAGAUCAGAGGUUAUUAGAGAAAUAUGUUGGGUGAGGAUUUUUUUUUGCCACUAAACAAAACUGAAGAUGUUUUCACUUCAUCUUUUAUGUUUAUAUACCUCAUUUCAGGGCUGACAAAUUAAAGCAGAACAAAAGAAAUUGGAUUUAAAUUCAUGCCAUUCAUUUUUUUAACAUCUGCUACAUUAUAAACAGAAAUAUGAGCUAAAAUACGUGUGCGACACGUACUGAUUGUACCUAAUCAUCUCUACCUUAUGUUUCCCAGCUGUGUGACUUUGAAUCAACAUGAUCAUUUUUUUUAGUGAUGAUAUUGGAACAAAUAAUGGCCUAAAUAGAUCUGAGCAGUACUUGAAGGUGCCUGUGUGUGUUGCGUGGAUGUGUUGUUUUAUGAAAAGCAACACAUGACCUGAGGAUGCAGAUGAAGGCAUUUUAUUAAAAACAAAAAAAAGUGAAUUCUUUGCAGAUUGAUUUAUUUUGUAUCAUAAUGACGACAAAUGAAAACUGUAUCUGUGAUCAUCCAGAGCAUGACGCCCAUAUGGAUUAAAUUUCUGCUGCUGAGACAUGAAUGAAUAAAUUUCCUAUUUUGUAA